UAAUAGGCAAGUUGAUAGAAAAAAUUUUUGUCACUAUUCGAUGUAACAUACGGAUGUUCUAAAAUAACGGUGUGAUUUUUUUUGUGAAAUAAAUAUCCAUAGUGUAAAAUAUAUUUUACCAUAUGCUCUGUAAUGCGAUAAUUUAAAAAAAACUAUAUAUUAAAAAUUUUUAAAGUGAAUUUUUUACUAAAUGAAAAGAUACAGACGACAAACAAUGAUUUCAAAUCCCGUUUUGAAAAAUACAUCAGUAGUUCUUUUAUCAUCACUUUUUACAUUCUCACUUUUUGGCAUACUAUGGAUUAAUUUGCAUCAGCAAGAAGAAAAUACAAAUACAUAUACAACCAAUCGUCAGGAAAUCAUAAAUAAUAUUCAAAAUACUAUAAUUAAAAGUAUUAGCUCGUCAGUAAAACCGCGGAUAAUUUAUGAAAGUUUUUCAAUGAAUAUUGAGACUCAAGAUCAAAGUAGAGUGUUGGAAAAAAACGAACCAGCUAAUGGAACAAAUAAUACUGAAAUAAAAUCUAACAGUGCUCAUAUUGGUACUAUUAAGCAGAAAAGUUCAACAGCAUUGAUAAAUUCGAAUGACAGUAUAGUUGAUAAUACAUAUAACAAUAGUACUUUAAAAAUCAUUAUGUCGCCGGGUAAAACUUCUGAUAAUUAUCAGUUUUCGUAUUCUGAUAAUGAAAAAUCUGCGAUACUUAAUGGUAAUAUAAAAAUAUUAGAUAAUAGUAUAAACGAAAGCAAUCAAGAUCAAAGUAGUAUAAAACUAAAUGAAAGAAUUGAAGAUAAAAGGAUUAAUAAUGACAUAAAAAUUAUAACUAAUAAUGGAGUCAAUGAAACAAAUAAUUUGAAAAUCACUACGACCACAACUGAUGAUAUUGGAACUACUACUCCUGAUACUGAUCAGAUAGAUGAUCAAAAUGCGGUUGAAAAUGAAAUGAGGUGUUACGGUGAUUUGGGUUGUCUUGAUAUACCGAAAAGUUGGUAUCAUUUAAUGCAUCGACCAAUAAAUGUGUUUCCAAUGCCACGAGAAGUUAUUAACACAAGUUUCAUACUUUAUACAAAUGAUAAUCCUUCCGAGGUAAUUUAUUAAUUACUGUAUUCGAAAAUUCACCCAUAAAUGAAUUUUUAUUUUCAGGGUCAAGUUCUUAUUGCAAGCAAAAAUAGUUGGUCGAAAAGUUUAAGUUUUGAUCCAAAACGUAAAACGAAAUUCAUUAUACAUGGGUUUAUUGAUACGUCUCAGAAUGACUGGAUCAAGGACCUGAAAAACGAAUUACUUCAGUAUGACGAUUACAACAUAAUUAUCGUUGAUUGGGCUGGAGGAAGUUUAUUACUACUACAAUACUUUCAAGCAGUCGCAAAUACUCGACUAGUUGGUUUGGAAAUUGCGCAUCUUAUUAGAUAUCUUAAUGCAAAUAAUGGAUUGAAAGUAGAUGAUGUCCAUCUUAUAGGCCACAGUCUUGGUGCUCAUAUUGCAGGAUACGCUGGGGCAGAAUUGCAGGGUCAAGUUGGACGUAUAUCAGGGCUAGAUCCUGCAAAGCCCGAUUUUGAGUAUAUGCCGAGUCAUGUACGUUUAGAUCCUACUGAUGCAAUGCUCGUUGAUGUUAUUCAUACUGAUAGCGGUAGUACUUUUGGAGCAGGAAUAAAUCAUCCUUGUGGACACUUAGAUUUCUAUCCUAAUAACGGUGAUGAACAGCCAGGAUGUUCAAGUUUACUUUUUUCGGCCUGUGAUCACAUUCGAGCGAUCGAACUUUUUACUGAAAGUAUUAACUCAAAGUGUCAGUUUACUGCCUACGAAUGUCAUAGCUACAAAAAAUAUCUUGCCGGUGAAUGUUUUCCUUCUGCAAGCAACAAUAACAGUCUCGGUUAUGGCAUCAUGGGAUAUCAUGCAGAUAAGAGUCCUGCGUUAGUACAGAGAUUGUCAAUGGGCAAACCUGCAAUCGGCUCAUUAAUUGGAUCCAAAUUUUUCAUUUCUACCGGUGACAAAGAUCCUUAUUGCCGAAGGCAUUACAAAAUAACAAUUACACUAGCAAAACCAGAUGAAGCUACUGAUAGGGUUCAAGGAUUAAUGAAUCUCAUAUUCUAUACAGAUAAUGGAAUUACUCAUAAUAUGGAUCUUACUCCAAAUGGUAAUAGAAUAAUGUUAGAGCACGGAGAAACAACAAAAAUCGUAGCAGUACAUCCAGAAGGCGAUACGAAUCUCCUGGAAAAAAUACGAAAAGUUGAUCUUUUUUGGACGUAUAAGAGCGAUACACCAUUAUUAUAUUGUUUUUUUUGCAACGAUAAUCUGUAUGUUGAUAAUAUUGUUGUUGAUGACAUCAAACUUCUAUCAGAUCGACGGAAAAGAGAAACAGACUUUUCCAGUAAAUUCUGUUCAGUUCAAGGCCCUCAUAAUUGGACUAAAAUAUUUAGUGGUAGCAGUGCUACCUUUAAACAAAUAUAUAUAUUAAUUCAUACAAUGAACUGGGCUUUGGUUUUUAAAUAUUUAUCAAUAGUUUUAACACCAAUAGUUUUUAUUUCAUCAGUUUUUGCAGUUGCAUGGUUUUAUUUACACCAACAGAGAGGAAAUGCUCUGAUAGAACUGACGACGGAUGCGGAUAUAAUAAAUCAUGUAAAAGAAAAAAAUAAUUCAAAUAAAGUCUCAAGUAAUAUUAGUAGUAAUAGAAAUGAAAAUUAUAAUCGAACUCUUUUAAAAAUAUUAGAUAGCAAAGAUAAUACUGUUAUUAAGAAUAAAAAUAUUAGCCCAACAAUAAAGCCGGCCAUAAGCCAGGAAAGUUCUACGAUAAAUAUCGAAACCCAAGAUCAAAUCAAUAAUUUGAAAAAAAAACUGAAUCAAAAGAUUGAAAGUAAAAGUAUUAAUAAUGGCACAAAUAUGAACAAAUUUGUAUCGCCAUUGAAGCCUUAUAAUAAUAUGGCAAUCGAUAAUGAUACAAGAUGUCAAAAUAUGCUGAAAAUAAUAAAUGGUCCCCUGGAAAACACAACAGUAGAAAACAAUAACAAUGAUAAUAAAACUUCACAAAGAACUACUUCAUUAACUGAUGUUGGGAAUAGUAUUGAGAAAAAUAAUGAUAGUGUUCAUAUUGAUAGAAUUCAACAGAAGUUGCAACAAACACUGAGUAGUGCGGCUGAAAGUACCCAGAUUAGUAAUAAUGCUUCCGUAAUCAUGAGGUCAACGAAUAAUAAUCUAAAUAAGAACUCAUCCCAAAUUUAUGAACAAGAAAGAACACUGGUACGGGACAGUAACAUAGGGAAUACAACCACUAGUAUAGAGAAAGAAUUAAACAGUUUAGAUCAAAAUGAUGAGCUGAGGAAGUCACCAGCAGUAAAUAGCAACUUUGAAAACUCGAGCAAGAGAGAAGGCAAUGAAUUAGAUAUUUUUGAAACGACAACGGCAACAAAGAAUAUUAAAAGUGAUGGUUUUAAUAGUAAGCAGAUUCAAGAUAACAAUCUAAGCAAGUUGCCGAUGUCAGAUAAUAACUCUGAAAACUCUACCAAAGUCCAUAAAUCGGCAGUUUUAGUAAUUAAUAAAACAGUCAAUCAUACCCAGAGUGAUAAAAUAAAAAUAAUAUCAGCAUCAAACAAUAAAACAGGUAAUUCUGCUAUUGAAAGUAACGAACUGCGAAAGUCACCAGCAGCAUUGAAUAAUAACAUUAAAAAAUUAACCAAAAAUUAUGCCAAUGAAUUAGAUAUUCCUGAAACGACUACAUCAUCAAGCAUUAAGCAGGCCCAAAACAACAAUCUAAACAAGUUGCCAAGGUCAGCUAGUAGUUUUGAAAUUUCUAUCAAAGACAAUAAAUCAGACGCAAUAGUAAUUAAUAAGUCAGUUAAUCAAACUCAUAGUAAUAAAAUAGAAAAAAUGUUAACAUCAAAUAAUAAAACAGGUAAUUCUGCUAUUGAAAAUAACGAACUGCGAAAGUCAUCAGCAGCAUUGAAUACUAACAUAGAAAAAUCAACCAAGAAUGAUGGCAUUGAAUUAGAUACUUUUGAAACAUCUAUAUUAUCAGGAAAUAUUGACAGUAAUACUUUCAUUUCCUGCAAUACUUUGAACUCUGAAAAUUUGAUCAAAGACAAUAAAUCGGAAGCUUUAGUGAUUAUUCCACUCGUUAAUAAUGACAGCAAAGUCACAUUUGAUAGUAAUCGGACUCAAAGUAACGAAAUCGGGAUAUUAUUAACUUUUAACGACAACACAGAUAAAUCAGCUAGAAUCCAUAAAAAUGAAUCAGAAACAUUAGUUAUUAUUGCGCCAAUGAAUAAUAACAGCAAUGAUACAUUUAGAAGUAGUAAUCAGACUCAAAGCACUAAGCUACGAAUACAAUCAGCUAAGAAAAAUGACACAGAAAUCAUUACUAAUGAUAGAGUCAACGAAACAAAUAAUUUAAACAUCACUACGACUACUACUGAUGAUAUUAGAACUACUACGCCUUAUAGUGAUCAGACAGAUGCUGAAAAUGAGGCUGAAAAUGAAAUGAGGUGUUAUAGUCAAUUAGGUUGUCUAAAUAUACAAGACAGCUGGUAUCAUUUAAUGCAUCGACCAAUAAAUGUUUUUCCGAUGUCACGAGAAUUUAUUAACACAAGUUUCAUACUUUAUACCAACAAUAAUCCUAUCAAGGGUGAGGUUCUUACUGCAGGUGAAGAUAAGUCGACAAAACUAUAUAAUUUUGAUCCAAAACGUAAAACUAAAUUCAUUAUACAUGGAUUUAAUAGCUCACCCCGAAUUCCCUGGGUUAAUGAAAUGAGAGAUGAAUUAUUUAAGCAUGAUAAUUACAACAUAUUCAUCGUUGAUUGGGCAACAGGUAGCUCAUUAGCUCUAUCAUAUACUUACGCUGCGGCAAAUACUAGACUGGUUGGUUUAGAAAUUGCACAUCUUAUUAGAUAUCUCAAUGAGAAUAAAAGAUUGAAAAUGAGUGAUGUCCAUCUCAUAGGCCACAGUCUUGGUGCCCAUACUGCAGGAUACGCUGGAGAAGACUUGCAAGGUCAAAUUGGACGUAUAUCAGGACUAGAUCCUGCAAAGCCCGAUUUUGAGUACAUGCCAAGCCAUGUACGUUUAGAUCCUACUGAUGCUAGGCUCGUUGAUGUCAUUCAUACUGAUAGCGAAAGCAUUUCUCGACUAGGAAUAUAUCAUCCUUGUGGACACUUAGAUUUCUAUCCCAACAACGGUGAUGAACAACCAGGAUGUUCGAGUUCAUUUUUUAAAACGAUUUGUGAUCAUGUUCGAGCAAUCAAAAUUUUCAUUGAGAGUAUUAACUCGGAGUGUCAGUUUAUUGCCCACGAAUGUCGUAGCUACGAAAAAUAUCUUGCCGGUGGAUGUUUUCCUUCUGCAAGCAAAAAUAAUAGUCUCGGUUAUGGCAUCAUGGGAUAUCAUGCAGAUAAGAGUCCUGCGUUAGUACAGAAAUUGUCAAUAGGCAAACCUGCAAUCGGCUCAUUAAUUGGAUCCAAAUUUUUCAUUUCUACUGGUGACAAAAAUCCCUAUUGCCGAAGGCAUUACAAAAUAACAAUUAAAUUAGCAAAUCCAGAUGAAGCAAAAAGUAGGGUUCAAGGUUUAAUGAAUAUCACACUGCAUACAGAUAACGGAAUUUUCUAUAAUAUUAAUCUCACUCCAAAUGAAAGUCGGAUAAUAUUAACCCAUGGAGGAACAACAAAAAUUUUAGCAAUACAUCCAGAGGCUGAUGCAAAUGUUAUGGGAAAAAUACGGAAAGUUGAUCUUUCUUGGACAUAUAAUAGCAAUACAUUUUUACUAUAUUGUUUUUUUUGCAAUGAUAGGCUGUAUGUUGAUAAUAUUGUCGUUGAUGUCAUAAGAGUUCCAUCAGAUCGAGGGAAAAGAAAAACAGAUUUCUCGAGUAAAUUCUGUUCAACUCAAGGCCCUCAAAAUUAUACUGAAAUAAUGAGUGGUUCUAGUGCUGCCUUUAUCGAUAAUUGUCAUUAGGAAGGAUACUUAUGUAUAAAAUAUAAUAAUUAAGAGGGACAAGUUACUUACAAAACUUUUGUCGCCAGUACACUGAAAGAAAUAUUUAUUUAACCUAAAUAAUAUUUGUUUCAUGCAAAUAAAUUCCAUAUGUGAAUGGAUCGAAUCAAUGUUUUUCGGCAUGAAAUUUAUAUUUUACAGCAAAAAUUGCGAUGAGGCGAUAUACGACAAAAUUUAUUAGCAUUACCAAAUUGUCGUAGUGCUAAAUAUGAUAAUUUAUAAUCAUUGAUAAAUCUUUUAUUGUAUGUGCAAUAAAUGCAUGGAACAACCUACCAGACAAUUGUACAUAUAAAUUAACAUUUAAAGUUU